GCGGGCGGGCCGCAGUCGCCGGCGCGCCGCCCUACGCGCCGCACGUGCCGGCUCACCGCGCACCCACACUCCGGACGACACUUUUGAAUACCUUAUACACUGAUACCUCGUGUUCCUUACUGCCUAGUGAUAAGUGCCACACUGCCGAUACUGACCAGUGAAUCUUCCGCCACAACAGUGAAUUGAUAUUGAGUAGGAGCUAGUAGUCCCUCGGAGCUGGUGCGAGCUGCCCGCGCCCGGAGCCUGCAGCGCUAGUGGCGCCGCCAUGCGCUGACGCCAUGCGCGCGACAUGCGCCCCCCCCUCCGCCCCGCGCCGCUGCUCGCGCUGCUGCUAUGUCUCGCCGCCACCGAGGUGUGCGGCAACCCGGACGCCAAGCGCCUGUACGACGACCUGCUCAGCAACUACAACAAGCUGGUGCGGCCCGUGCGCAACGUCACCGCCGCGCUCUCCGUGCGCAUCAAACUCAAGCUCAGCCAGCUCAUCGACGUGAAUUUAAAAAACCAGAUUAUGACCACAAACUUAUGGGUAGAACAGAGUUGGUACGACUACAAGCUGUCGUGGGAGCCGCGCGAGUACGGCGGCGUGGAGAUGCUGCACGUGCCCUCCGACCACAUCUGGCGCCCCGACAUCGUGCUCUACAAUAACGCUGACGGCAACUUCGAAGUAACCCUGGCGACGAAGGCGACGCUGAACUACACGGGGCGCGUGGACUGGCGCCCGCCCGCCAUCUACAAGAGCUCGUGCGAGAUCGACGUGGAGUACUUCCCCUUCGACCAGCAGACCUGCGUCAUGAAGUUCGGCUCCUGGACCUACGACGGCUUCCAGGUGGACCUGCGGCACAUCGACGAGGCGCGCGGCACCAACGUGGUGGAGCUGGGCGUGGACCUCAGCGAGUUCUACACCAGCGUGGAGUGGGACAUCCUCGAGGUGCCCGCCGUCAGAAACGAGAAGUUCUACACGUGCUGCGACGAGCCGUACCUCGACAUCACGUUCAACAUCACGAUGCGGCGCAAGACGCUGUUCUACACCGUGAACCUCAUCAUCCCGUGCAUGGGCAUCUCGUUCCUCACCGUGCUGGUGUUCUACCUGCCGUCGGACAGCGGCGAGAAGGUGUCGCUGUCCAUCUCCAUCCUGCUCUCGCUCACGGUGUUCUUCCUGCUGCUGGCGGAGAUCAUCCCGCCCACCUCGCUCGUGGUGCCGCUGCUGGGCAAGUUCGUGCUCUUCACCAUGAUCCUCGACACCUUCAGCAUCUGCGUGACGGUGGUGGUGCUGAACGUGCACUUCCGCUCGCCGCAGACGCACUCCAUGGCGCCGUGGGUGCGCCGCGUGUUCAUCCACGUGCUGCCGCGCCUGCUGGCCAUGCGCCGCCCGCACUACCGCCCCGACCCGCACAGGUCUCGGUUCGCGGGCGUGUGGGAGGGGCUGGCGGCGGCGGAGGUGGCGGGCUCCCCGUGCCGUCUGCACGCGGGGCCGGGGGCGCCGGGGGGCGGGGCGGGGGCGGGGGACGCGCUGCGCCGCUGCACGCGCUGCCCCGAGCUGCACAAGGCCAUCGACGGUAUCAACUACAUCGCCGAGCAGACGCGCAAGGAGGAGGAGUCCACGAGGGUGAAGGAGGACUGGAAGUACGUGGCGAUGGUGCUGGACCGGCUGUUCCUGUGGAUCUUCACGCUGGCGGUGCUGGUGGGGUCGGCCGGCAUCAUCCUGCAGGCGCCCACGCUGUACGACGAGCGCGCGCCCAUCGACGUGCGCCUGUCCGAGAUCGCCUACACCGCCGCCAAGCCGCGCCCGCCACUGCCGCCACGCUAGUGCCCCGUGAGGCCACCUGGCGCCAUGCUAGUCGCCGUGAGGCCG